AUGGGGAAGUCGUACCCGACCGUAAGCGAGGAGUACUUGAAGGCCCUGGACAAAGCCAAGAGGAAGCUCCGCGGCCUUAUCGCGGACAAGAAGUGCGCUCCCUUGAUGCUGCGUCUUGCGUGAGCACCGUCGACUGAGAUUUUCCUCCCGCUUUACUCCGAUGUCGCGAUCGUUUCGUUGCGGCUUUAAAAUUGUUGUCUGCUGUCGACCAGAUGGCAUUCGGCGGGCACUUACGAUGUGUCGACGAAGACGGGCGGCCCCUUCGGGACCAUGAGGUUCUCGACAGAGCUCGGUCAUGCAGCCAAUAAUGGCCUCGACAUCGCCGUCCGUCUGCUGGAACCGAUCAAGGAGCAGUUUCCAAUCAUCUCUUAUGCCGACUUUUACCAGGUGAAAUAGUCAAGAAUGUUCAUAUUUCAAUACUGUAUAUUCCUUGUUGUUUCUCUACAAAAAAUCGUUAUAUGCGUAUUUAUUUAUUUAUUUUUGCCGACAAGUUGGCUGGAGUUGUUGCCGUCGAGAUCACUGGAGGACCGGACGUUCCGUUCCAUCCCGGCAGGGAGGUAAAUAGAUUAACGUACUUUCUCGCUUUGUAUCUGAUUCAAAAACGUCUUGUCCUCAUUUUGAUUGUGAUCUCCGUUUUUUCUCAAAUCACUUGUACGGUAGCCUAGUCGAAAGACGUCCUCUGUUGUGAUUUUCUCUUUAAGUUAUUCUCAGGUUUCGGAUAUCUCUCACCUUGUGCCGUAUAAGGUUGUCGUCCAUGAAAAAUGGCCUACGUGAUGCUGUCCGUAUGCAUCUUGUGAACUAUUUCUCCCUUCUAUUUUUUUCUCAGAUUUCCUUGCAGUAGAACAGGCUAUGCAACGGGCUAACCUUCUAAGAUGAAAAACCAUCGUUUAACGAAUCUGAUGGGGAAAUACAUGAGGACCUGAAGAUGCAUUCUAACUCUCUACAGAGCUCUAAAUACUUAUUCGGGAGUUCGGGAGCGUCGAGUUCAGUUCUAUUGAUUUAAUUUCUAGCACGUUUAUCUUUUGGAUUAUGUGAUCCAUGUGUUACAGUCAUGUGUUUUUUUAAUUGAAUACUCCACGGGGGAAUUUGUUUAUGCUCUGUUUUUUGAAUGGUCUGGUUCUAUCUGGAAAUCGGGUUUAGAAUGGGUUGUCGUUUUGCCUAAUUGAUGGAUACAGAAAGAACGUCUGUUUCCUGCGGUUCCGUUGAGGGUGAUAUAUGGUUUAGCUCAAUGUGUAGGUGCAGGGAAAAGCUUUGCUAUUUUCUUCCUGUUUUAUACUGGACCUUCCUUCUAGGUGGGGAAUGGACCUUCUUUCUAUUGGCGUUCUAUUUUCAGUCAACAGUCCCACUCUCGAGCAUGUUUUUAAACUCUUCCUAGGUGGAAUGGGAAUCAUCAAACGCCUUGUAAGGCGUGUACUGUCUUGCGAGCGAACAUUGAUACUUGGUUUUGUUUUUUCGAUUCAUCGUAGAGCGUGUUUGUAGAAUCAUUCUAUUGAAAACAGUCCAGAAUUUUUGUCUGGUUUUUCUUUCUGGAUGGACUGAUGCAGUUAUUACGAUGCCGCAAUGCUUUGCUGGACAUUUUUUUCCCUCUUUCUUCCGUACAGCCUUCUUUUCUUAUGAAUCUUACUUGUAUGAAGAGGAGCUCAUAUUUUCUGUUAGUUGUGCGGUAUAGGCAAAAGUGUUAUCGACAUUUUCUAUCUGUUUCGUCGUUCUUUAGGUGUCACCAUUGCUUAUCGUUUAUUUAGUUUUCUUACCAUAUCUUAUUUAUCCCUCCAAUUUAGGACAAGCCUGCCCCUCCUGUGGAAGGCCGCCUGCCAGAUGCCACAAAAGGUUUCGACCGUAACCUCUUGGCUUUCCUUUCUCUCAUUAAUCGUUUUUCUAAUUAAUAUAUCAUUGCAUUGCCACAUCUAUCGGCUGCAUGGCAAGAAGGGGAUGCGUGAUAUCUUGGCUAUACCCGAUUGAAACCCAGAGAAUGAUCGGGCCGAACUUGGUCCCAAGCUCCUUUAAUCGGCUCCACUGAUACCCCUCUGCUGUGUUCUAAGGGUUUGCGUUUUUUUUUUUUUCCCUGAAAGCAGGUUCUGACCACUUGAGGAAUGUCUUCCGUGAUCAGAUGGGCCUCGGCGACCAAGACAUUGUCGCCUUAUCCGGGGGCCACACCCUGGUAAGAGAAUAACCAUCACUUACGCACAUUAGUUGAAAAAUCCUCCGCAAUGAUAUUACCAUUUUCUCGUAACCUCGUAGGGAAGGUGCCACAAGGAGCGUUCCGGCUUUGAGGGCCCCUGGACUACAAACCCUAACAUCUUCGAUAACUCUUACUUCAAGUAUGAAAAGCUACCGAUCCAUUCUUUCUUCAUCUCCUGUGGUGAUUCAUUCAACUGGGCCAGUUGCCUGAUGGUCUCUUCUUGCAGGGAGCUUGUUUCCGGAGAGAAGGAGGGCCUCAUCCAGCUGCCCUCGGACAAAGCCCUUCUCUCUGAUCCCUCCUUCCGCCCCCUAGUGGAAAAAUACGCGGUGGUAUGUACUCCGUUACGCCGCAUUAUUUCUCUUUGCCGGAGGACUCGGCCGUUGUGCCCCGACCCCUCUGAACUUGCUCUGUGUGCUCCCUCGCCUUAGGACGAAGACGCCUUCUUCUCCGACUACGCUGAAGCCCACCUGAAGCUCUCUGAGUUGGGGUAAGGACAUCAGUCAGUCUACCAGAAGUUUCUAUUCUGUUUCUUGUUCUAUAGGGGCUUACACGGCUUCCCCAUUUGGGCCCCAUUACGUCUCCAGCUUCGACGACUGCGCGGGAUGCGCCCGCGCCGCCCUCGUGAAGUAAUCCGCUCCACUACGUGCUCGUACGGUGCGGUGGCGCUGUCUUUUGCGGACUAGAACGGAUACUAUUUUCGCUGAUCGCGAUAUUCCCGACUGUUCAAGCUGUCCUUUCGUUCAGAAUGACUAG